UUGACAGCAAUUGACUUGAUUCCCUUAUUGACGCCCCGUUCUUUGCGGAACGCAGACAAGCGGUACCUCCUCUCCGCUGCUGUCGGACUGUCGUCGGACGCGGCAGCCAUUGCUCUUCAUGACAACAGAGGCCCUGCUGCUGCUGUCGAACUGCUUGAGACCGGUCGUGGUGUCAUCGCGGGAGCUCUCUUCGAGCAAUCCGACCUUGCUACUCUUGAACGCGAGCAUCCCGACCUGGCGCGUUCCUUUAUCGACCUGCGAGAUCAGCUA